ACGGCAUGUGAUACACAGCCACAAACUAUCCGGACCUAGCGGGACCACUGUGCCUGGGAAAGGAUGCCUCCUCCUGCGUUCCUCUCCAUUCAUCUCAACUUAUACACUCUUCAUUUGCGCUCAAGCAUAAGAUAUCGCUGCUUUUGAGUUUUUAGAGCAAACUUUCUCUUCCAUUUCACACGAGUUUCACAAAUACUCGUUCCUUUCCUUUAAUUCGCUAAUUUCUUCAACCUCGAUCCUACUCACGCGACCCGCAAUCUGUCCCCUUCUCUUUGUCAACUUCUAAGCCCAACACAUUCAGAUCGUCAGCAUGGCUAGCAAAGGCGCCACCAAACGUUUGACACGCGAAUACAAAACCAUUUCAGAGAACCCUCCUCCUUACAUUGUCGCUCAUCCAUCCGAGUCCAACAUCCUUGAGUACGUUACGUCACGCCCAACAUUUGGUCGAGAGUCGACUUUGCUAACACAACUUAGAUGGCACUACAUCAUUACCGGUCCUGAGGAUACUCCUUACCAUGGCGGUCAAUAUUGGGGUACUCUCAUGUUCCCCCCAAACUAUCCGUUUGCUCCUCCCGCCAUUCGCAUGCACACUCCGUCCGGCCGAUUCCAGCCUUCAUCGCGACUAUGUCUGUCCAUCUCCGAUUUCCACCCGAAGUCAUUCAACCCCGCUUGGGAAGUCUCAACUAUUCUAAUUGGCCUUCUCUCAUUCAUGACGAGUGAAGAGAUGACAACCGGCUCCGUUUCUAGCACCACCGCCGAACGACGCUCCCUCGCCGCUCGAUCGCGAUGGUGGAACUCGACCGGUAAUGGCACACACAGCAAGACAGGCCCAGUCCAGAAGGGCAACAUCAAGGCUGGUGACGGUGGCGCCAAGUUUCGAACAGAGUGGCCAGAGGUGGAUGCUGAGAAUUGGGAGUGGAUGACCAAGAACAAGGUUGACCCUGUCACCGGUACCCGAUUAGAUGCUGAUAACAGCGGAUCCUGUCGACCUCAGCUUGGUAUUUCAGGGACUAGCGGUCAUCAAACACAAGCCGUUGUUGAUGUGGUCAACCAACAAAGAGAUGCCAGCACAGGAUGGAUCUAUCGCAACAAGCUCCUUGUUGCUGGUGCGGCUAUCUUCUUCUACGUCCUUGUCGCUAGACUUGUUAGCGGAGAUGAGUAAUUGGGGAGAGUUUUAUUCUGGGGGGGCUUCAUGUUCAUCUAAUUCUAGUUUUUGUUUUAUUACUGGCGGAUUGGCGGGCGCAAUAGGUUAACAAGCCAGAUAUCAGAGGACUCACGUCUCGAUAUGGCGUUUCAGGGCAUUCACUGAGCGUUUACUUGAUGGGUUUCAAUUUGAUUGUGAUCAGCUCAUUUGCCUACAUCUGGUGUGAUUUAUCGGAUAG